AAUGCCUCUGCAAUUCUCCAACUAAAAUCCCAAAUCAUGUCUUUCAAUCCACGAUUCCUUCAAAUUUCUGUCCUUUUCCCCUUCCCCAUCACAUAUUCCAUUUGAUUCUUGCCCAAUUUCUUCAUUUUACAUUCUUUCGAUCGAGACAUUUUAACAGCUAUUCCAAACCCUCCAAUUUUAGGGUUCAAUUGAUGCGAUUUUGAUUUUGAUACGGAAUCUUCAUUAUCAAUCGGAAUGAGUCAUGAUAACGAUGGUGGAAUCACCCGGUUGAAGGUUGGGUUUGAAGAUCCUAAACCUGAUUAUGUAAUCAUGACGACACCGGAAGGAGCGGCUGACGGUGGUGUUAUGGCUCCGUCGCCGCCUUCUUCCACCGAGAACUGUACUAGUUUUUGGUGGUCACUUUGGUGGUGGGGAAAACUUGUUUUUGUGUUCAUAUUCUUGGCAAUUUUGGGGGUUUGUUUCUUCGUUUGGAUCGGACCCUUUCUGAUGGAUAAGGAGGUUAUACCGGUUUUAAAUUGGGAGACCAACACGUUCAGCAAGCCGGUGUUAGCCGUUUUGAUUUUUGCUUCAGUGGCAUUAUUCCCGAGCAUAUUUUUACCAUCUACACCGUCCAUGUGGGUUGCCGGAAUGAGUUUUGGUUACGGUUUGGGGUUCUUGUUGAUAAUUGGCGGAGUCACUAUCGGUGUCUCACUUCCUUAUUUCUUUGGUUCCUUAUUUUACCGCAAAAUUCAAGGAUGGUUAGAAAGAUAUCCAAAGAAAGCCUCUAUUAUUAGAUUGGCAGGUGAAGGAGAUUGGUACGAUCAGUUUAGAGCUGUAAUGUUAUUAAGAAUAUCCCCAUUUCCGUAUGCUGUAUACAAUUAUUGUGCGGUGGCGACCGAUGUUAAGUUUGUUCCUUACUUGCUCGGGACGUUGGUUGGAAUGGUGCCAGAAAUUCUCGUUGCAAUCUACACGGGUAUAAUGAUACGAACCUUGGCAGACGCUUCACAUGAUCACCGAUCACUUACUACCCUUCAGAUCGUAUUCACGGUUGGUGGGUUCGUUUUAACGAUUGCUACAACCGUAGUUGUCACAGUUUAUGCCAAAAAACGACUCAGUGAGUUGCAGAAAGACGAAGAACAGCUGCUAUUGCUACAGUAGCCGUAACCAUUUUUUCCUUUCAAAAAUCAUGAUUUGAUUCCGAUGAGACGAUGGGGGUUCGAUCGAUCUAUGGAACUCGAGCAGCAAAACUAACAAAAACAAAGCAAGAUAUAUCUGGUUUCUUUUGGUUGUAAUUGAUCUUUCUCCCCUUUAGAAACUGUAUAUAAUUGAUUCAAAUGGCUUGACACCUUUUCU